AUGGCCCGCUUGUUGGAGUUCAUCCAUGAGGGCACUUUUGUGGCCAAACCUGAAGACCUUCGCAUAGCAGUGGACUGUGCGGCCUUUUUUGGAGUGCCAUCCUUGUUGCACCACGUGCGUGAAUGGAUCGCUGGCAACCUGAAGGUGACCACGGCACCAACCUUAUGGAGAUUCGUGGAGACUGAGCCUUUGCUCAAGAUGCAGGACUCUUCAGCCAAAUCAAUGAUUGCGAUCUGGGAGAUUCCAAAUCUAAACCGAAUGGAUCCAAAUGGGAAGGGCACAACUAUGUUGUAUCCAUUUCAGUGCACAAUCUCAAUAAAGGACAACGGUCAGAUGCUCGUUGUAUUGUGCAUUGCUUUGACAUGA